GUUCGAGACAUUUUCACUGAGAUGUGGGAAAAUUUCAAAAAUAGAUUUCAUAAAUUUUCCGUAUAGAAUUUCGAUCGACAUCGAAUCGAAAGGCGAAAAAUUGUCGAAUUCUCGUGCGUCGUCACGACGAAUUUGGAAACGGUAGUUCUGGGGAAUUUAUUGUAAAGUCGGAGUGCAUGUUGGUGGAAAUAGCGAACGGGAUGAAGAGCCGAAACCACAACGAGGGGGACGCUCACGAGGACAGCGGGCUAGCGACUUCCGGUGAAAUAGGUGAACUUUCCUUCUCGGGGGAAUGCGAGGCAGUCGUUUGUCCGCAAGAGGCAAGAAUUCCGAAGGGAAUCGAGGAAAAUGAAAAUCAAGAUCCUAGAUACAUCGCACGGUGCACCAUAAGACAGCAUUACUAUCCAGAGAGUGGUUGGGGUUGGGUGGUCGUGGUAACCGGCGUUAUCGUGCGAAUUCUUGCCACGGGAAUUCACGGUGCUGCCGGAACGUGGUUGCUGUUGGAAGCAACGAAACGAUAUCGUCAACCGGUUUUCAACGUAGGGUGGCUGGGAGCGAUGUCGACGGGAGUGGCUCUGCUAGUUUCACCGGUAACAAUAGCGUUUUGUCGGAGGAAAAGUACAAGACUCACCGCGGUUUUGGGUGGCCUGGUUACAGCGCUCGGUUGCCUUUUCACUUCCUUCGCCUCGCAGUUCCACCAGUUGUUCUUCAGUUACGGCACAGUUGUCGGGGUUGGCAUGACGAGGGACUGUAGCACGCUAAUGGUGGCGCAGUAUUUCAAGAGGAGAAGAGAGCUGGUCGAGAUUUUCAUCGUGUCCGGAAGUGGCCUUGGCAUCGCUGUCAUGUCGGCUUUCAUAAAAGGAAUGAUCAGCAAAAUCGGUUGGCGCUUGGGCCUUCAGGCAGUGACGGGCGUAGUUUUCCUGACGUUCAUCUUGGGUACGUUUUAUCGAAGCGCGUCCCUGUACCAUCCGCAACGCCGAGCCAUCCUGCACUUGAAGAAUCAAAAACGCAAAAUUAAAGACAAGAACAAGACGGACGACGGGCCACCAUUCUUCGACUUCAGCACGCUGAAGAGCAAAACCGUGAGAAUACUGUUGGUCUCCACCGGGAUAUCCGCCUUCGGCAUCAACACCCCGAUAUUUUACUUGGCACACCAGGCUGAAGAAGAAGGUCUCGGUGACACGGUGAUCCUGCUGCAAGCUUAUCUCGGCUUGGCCUGGACCCUCGGCUGCGUUGCAUUCGGCCUUUUGGUUGUGCAUCGCAGCGUCGAGUGCAGGAUAGCGCGUCAGUAUCUUACGCAAGCGGCGAUAUUUGUAUGCGGGUUGUGCAUUCUGGCCCUGACCGCCGUUCAAGGAAAUUAUCACGGAUACGUGUUGUUCGCCUGGAUCUACGGCAUCUUCUGCGGUGGUUACCACUACAGCCUCAAAAUGUACACCUACGAGAGAGUCAGAGCGAGAAACUUCGCAAGAACCUGGGGUUUCGUGCAAUGCUCCCAGGCUAUACCGAUAGCGAUCGGAGUUCCAAUUUCAGGAUACAUGAACGUCAACUACGGCGGCAAGGCGGGCUACUACUUCAGCUCGACCUGCGUUCUGGUAGGCAGUUUCACUCUGUUCUUCAUAGACCUGCACAGAAGGAAUUUAUCGAGGCACAAGCACACACGGUCCAACGGGACAAAGCAUCUCUGCGUUUCGGACAAUUGUCCGCAACGACGGAAGUUGUCGUUCAGCCAGGAACCAGAGAACGAUGGCCCGCACGUGGCUGCCGCGGGCGCUGCCGCGGCUGCUCUCGUGCUCGGUGCUGAGAUCGCGCCAAACCCAGGCGAACUGAUCGAUGGCCUCGCUCCGGAGAAGCCCGAAUUGACGUGCAUCUCCGAGGAAGGAAUCGCGGACAUGGAUCUUCCCGACAACAUGCUGGAGGACCUCGAUUACAUCGGUGACUGCAUCACCUCGUGCAACAAGGUCGAGAACUAUCUGAUGCUGUCGGAGUUCGAGAACAAUCUGAUAGCGGAAAUGCCGAUCAUCACGGAUCGCCGGGGUCGAAGGUGGUCCCUGGCGCGUUCCAAGGGCGGUCAAUCGAAUUCGGAUCGACCAUCGGGGCCUCAAUCGAGUAACGAGGAGACCGAUGCCAAGCCCAAAUGGCAUGUGACUAAUGUGCCUCCUGCUAAUAGGGUCAUCACAGUGAUUGACGAAGCAAGCACAGAUCCUGUUAGCGAUAGUUUAGCGAAGUCAACGGCAAGUCAACCUGGACAGCAAUCUCGUUCUUGCGAGGAUGUGAGAGACUGCGGAAACGGUCGUUUAAUUCGCGGGUGCAAC